AUGGAUGUGAAGGACAGGCGACACCGCUCUCUGACCAGGGGACGGUGUGGCAAAGAGUGCCGCUACACAAGUUCCUCCCUGGACAGUGAAGACUGCCGCGUGCCCACGCAGAAGUCCUACAGCUCCAGCGAGACUCUGAAGGCCUAUGACCACGACAGUAGGAUGCACUAUGGAAACCGAGUCACAGACCUAGUUCACCGGGAGUCAGAUGAGUUUCCAAGACAAGGAACUAACUUCACCCUUGCGGAACUGGGAAUCUGUGAGCCCUCCCCGCACCGAAGUGGCUACUGUUCUGACAUGGGGAUCCUUCACCAGGGCUACUCUCUGAGCACAGGGUCUGACGCCGACUCCGACACAGAGGGAGGGAUGUCUCCAGAACACGCCAUCAGACUGUGGGGGAGAGGGAUAAAAUCCAGACGCAGUUCCGGCCUAUCCAGUCGUGAGAACUCAGCCCUUACUUUGACCGAUUCUGACAACGAAAAUAAGUCAGAUGAUGAGAACGAAAGGCCAUUCUCAACCAGGGGCCAGUCGACUCUGAGGCCCCCUCUGCCUCCCCCUCACAACCACACUCUGUCCCAUCACCACUCGUCUGCCAACUCCCUCAACAGGAACUCACUGACCAACCGGCGGAGCCAGAUCCACGCCCCAGCUCCCGCGCCCAAUGACCUAGCAACCACGCCAGAGUCCGUUCAGCUUCAGGACAGCUGGGUACUAAACAGCAACGUGCCACUGGAGACCCGGCACUUUCUCUUUAAGACCUCCUCGGGGAGCACACCCCUGUUUAGCAGCUCGUCUCCGGGAUACCCUUUGACCUCAGGAACCGUUUACACGCCACCGCCCCGCCUGCUACCCCGGAAUACCUUCUCCAGGAAGGCCUUCAAGCUGAAGAAGCCUUCUAAAUACUGCAGCUGGAAAUGCGCCGCCCUGUCCGCCAUCGCCGCAGCCCUCCUCUUGGCGAUCCUGCUGGCGUAUUUCAUCGCAAUGCAUCUGCUCGGACUCAAUUGGCAACUGCAGCCGGCCGACGGGCACACCUUUAACAAUGGGAUAAGGACCGGCUUACCAGGAAACGAUGAUGUGGCAACAAUGCCAUCUGGAGGCAAAGUAACAGACAAGGGCUCUAAAGAAGUCUUCCAACCCAUGAGCAGCAUAGACAGUGGUGAAGCAGAAGUUGGUCGACGGGUGACCCAAGAAGUACCCCCAGGCGUGUUCUGGAGAUCACAGAUCCACAUCAGUCAACCCCAGUUCUUAAAGUUCAACAUCUCCCUUGGGAAAGAUGCUCUCUUUGGUGUUUACAUAAGAAGGGGACUUCCACCAUCUCAUGCCCAGUAUGACUUCAUGGAGCGUCUGGAUGGGAAGGAGAAGUGGAGUGUGGUUGAGUCACCCAGGGAACGCCGGAGCAUACAGACCCUGGUGCAGAAUGAAGCCGUGUUUGUACAGUACCUGGACGUGGGCCUGUGGCACCUGGCCUUCUACAAUGAUGGCAAAGACAAAGAGAUGGUUUCCUUCAACACUGUUGUCUUAGAUUCAGUGCAGGACUGUCCACGUAACUGCCACGGGAAUGGCGAAUGUGUGUCUGGGCUGUGUCACUGCUUCCCAGGAUUUCUAGGAGCAGACUGUGCUAAAGCAGCCUGCCCUGUCCUGUGCAGUGGGAACGGACAAUAUUCUAAAGGGACGUGCCAGUGCUACAGCGGCUGGAAAGGCGCGGAGUGUGACGUGCCCAUGAAUCAGUGCAUCGAUCCUUCCUGCGGGGGCCACGGCUCCUGCAUCGAUGGGAACUGUGUGUGCUCCGCUGGAUACAAAGGCGAGCACUGUGAGGAAGUUGAUUGCUUGGAUCCCACCUGCUCCAGCCAUGGGGUCUGUAUAAAUGGAGAAUGCCUCUGCAGCCCUGGCUGGGGAGGUCUAAACUGUGAGCUGGCAAGGGUCCAAUGCCCAGACCAGUGCAGUGGGCACGGCACUUACGUCCCCGACACAGGCCUCUGCAGCUGUGAUCCCAACUGGAUGGGUCCCGACUGCUCUGUGGAAGUGUGCUCAGUAGACUGUGGCACUCACGGCGUCUGCAUCGGGGGAGUCUGCCGCUGUGAAGAGGGCUGGACAGGCGCAGCUUGUGACCAGCGCGUGUGCCACCCCCGCUGCAUUGAGCACGGGACCUGUAAAGAUGGCAAAUGUGAAUGCCGAGAGGGCUGGAAUGGUGAACACUGCACCAUUGCACAUUAUCUGGAGUGUAUCUGUGAUGGCUGCCCCGAUUUGUGCAACGGCAACGGGAGAUGCACACUGGGUCAGAACAGCUGGCAGUGUGUCUGCCAGACCGGCUGGAGAGGGCCCGGAUGCAACGUUGCCAUGGAAACCUCCUGUGCUGAUAACAAGGAUAAUGAGGGAGAUGGCCUGGUGGAUUGCCUGGACCCUGACUGCUGCCUGCAGUCGGCCUGUCAGAACAGCCUGCUCUGCCGAGGGUCCCGGGACCCCCUGGACAUCAUUCAGCAGAGCCAGACAGACUCGCCUGCCGUGAAGUCCUUCUAUGACCGCAUCAAGCUCUUGGCAGGCAAAGACAGCACCCACAUCAUCCCUGGAGACAACCCCUUCAACAGCAGCUUGGUUUCUCUCAUACGAGGACAAGUGGUAACUACAGAUGGGACUCCUCUGGUUGGAGUGAACGUAUCUUUUGUCAAAUACCCAAAAUACGGCUACACCAUUACCCGCCAAGAUGGCACGUUUGACCUGAUCGCCAAUGGGGGUGCCUCCUUGACCCUGCACUUCGAGCGAGCCCCGUUCAUGAGCCAGGAGCGCACUGUGUGGCUGCCAUGGAAUAGCUUUUAUGCCAUGGACACCCUGGUCAUGAAGACCGAGGAGAACUCCAUCCCCAGCUGUGACCUCAGUGGCUUUGUCCGACCAGAUCCUAUCAUCAUCUCCUCCCCGCUGUCCACCUUCUUCAGUGCUUCCCCAGGGCAGAAUCCCAUCGUGCCGGAGACCCAGGUUCUUCAUGAAGAAAUUGAGCUCCCUGGUUCCAAUGUGAAGCUUCGCUACCUGAGCUCCAGGACCGCGGGCUAUAAGUCUCUGUUGAAGAUCACCAUGACCCAGUCCACGGUGCCCCUGAACCUUAUCAAAGUUCACCUGAUGGUAGCUGUAGAGGGCCACCUCUUCCAGAAGUCAUUCCAGGCCUCUCCCAACCUGGCCUACACCUUCAUCUGGGAUAAGACAGAUGCCUACAGCCAAAGGGUAUAUGGACUCUCUGAUGCUGUUGUGUCUGUUGGGUUUGAGUAUGAGACCUGCCCCAGUCUAAUUCUGUGGGAGAAAAGGACCGCCCUCCUUCAAGGAUUCGAGCUGGACCCUUCCAACCUCGGUGGCUGGUCUCUGGACAAGCAUCACAUUCUCAAUGUUAAAAGUGGAAUCCUACACAAGGGCACUGGGGAGAACCAGUUCCUGACACAGCAGCCUGCCAUCAUCACCAGCAUCAUGGGCAAUGGCCGCCGCCGAAGCAUUUCCUGUCCCAGUUGCAACGGCCUUGCCGAAGGCAACAAACUGCUGGCCCCAGUAGCUCUGGCUGUUGGAAUUGAUGGGAGCCUCUUCGUUGGAGAUUUCAAUUACAUCCGGCGCAUCUUUCCCUCUCGAAACGUCACCAGCAUUUUAGAGUUACGAAAUAAAGAGUUUAAACAUAGCAACAACCCAGCACACAAAUACUAUUUGGCAGUAGACCCUGUGUCCGGCUCUCUCUACGUGUCUGACACCAACAGUCGGCGAAUCUACCGAGUCAAGUCUCUGAGUGGAGCUAAAGACCUGGCUGGGAAUUCAGAAGUGGUGGCGGGGACCGGAGAGCAAUGCUUGCCCUUCGAUGAAGCCCGUUGUGGGGAUGGAGGGAAGGCCGUGGAUGCCACCCUGAUGAGCCCUCGAGGUAUUGCAGUAGACAAGAACGGGCUCAUGUACUUUGUUGAUGCCACCAUGAUCCGGAAGGUUGACCAGAAUGGAAUCAUCUCUACCUUGCUGGGCUCCAACGACCUCACUGCUGUCCGGCCACUGAGCUGUGACUCCAGCAUGGAUGUGGCCCAGGUUCGCCUGGAGUGGCCAACAGACCUUGCUGUCAACCCCAUGGACAAUUCCCUGUAUGUUCUCGAGAACAACGUGAUCCUUCGAAUCACUGAGAAUCACCAAGUCAGCAUCAUCGCAGGACGCCCCAUGCACUGCCAGGUUCCUGGAAUUGACUACUCCCUCAGCAAACUAGCCAUUCAUUCCGCCCUGGAGUCAGCCAGUGCCAUCGCCAUUUCUCACACUGGGGUCCUCUAUAUCACCGAGACGGAUGAGAAGAAGAUUAACCGUCUACGCCAGGUCACAACCAACGGGGAGAUCUGCCUUUUAGCUGGGGCAGCCUCAGACUGUGACUGCAAAAAUGACGUCAAUUGCAACUGCUACUCGGGAGACGAUGCCUACGCGACUGACGCCAUCUUGAAUUCCCCAUCGUCCUUAGCUGUAGCUCCGGAUGGUACCAUCUACAUCGCAGACCUUGGAAAUAUUCGGAUCAGGGCGGUCAGCAAAAACAAGCCUGUUCUUAAUGCUUUCAACCAGUAUGAGGCUGCAUCCCCCGGAGAACAGGAGUUGUAUGUUUUCAACGCCGAUGGCAUCCACCAGUACACUGUGAGCCUGGUGACUGGGGAGUACUUGUACAAUUUCACUUAUAGUGCUGACAACGAUGUCACUGAACUGACUGACAAUAACGGGAAUUCCCUGAAGAUCCGUCGGGACAGUAGUGGCGUGCCCCGCCACCUGCUCAUGCCUGACAACCAGAUCAUCACCCUCACAGUGGGCACCAAUGGAGGUCUCAAAGUCGUGUCCACACAGAAUCUGGAGCUUGGCCUCAUGACCUAUGAUGGAAACACUGGCCUCCUAGCCACCAAGAGUGAUGAAACAGGAUGGACAACUUUCUAUGACUAUGACCACGAAGGCCGCCUGACCAAUGUGACACGCCCCACGGGGGUGGUGACCAGUCUGCACCGGGAAAUGGAGAAGUCCAUCACCAUUGACAUUGAGAACUCCAACCGUGAUGAUGAUGUCACUGUCAUUACCAAUCUGUCUUCAGUGGAGGCCUCCUACACAGUGGUACAAGAUCAAGUGCGGAACAGCUACCAGCUCUGUAAUAACGGUACCCUGAGGGUGAUGUAUGCCAAUGGGAUGGGUGUCAGCUUCCACAGUGAGCCCCAUGUCCUAGCGGGCACCAUCACCCCCACCAUUGGGCGUUGCAACAUCUCCCUGCCCAUGGAGAAUGGCCUCAACUCCAUUGAGUGGCGCCUAAGAAAAGAACAGAUUAAAGGCAAAGUCACCAUCUUUGGCAGGAAGCUCCGGGUCCAUGGAAGAAAUCUCUUGUCCAUUGACUAUGACCGGAAUAUUCGGACAGAAAAGAUCUAUGAUGAUCACCGGAAAUUCACCCUGAGGAUUAUUUAUGACCAGGUGGGCCGCCCUUUCCUCUGGCUCCCUAGCAGUGGGCUGGCAGCAGUCAACGUCUCAUACUUCUUCAACGGGCGCCUGGCUGGCCUUCAGCGUGGGGCCAUGAGUGAGAGGACAGACAUCGACAAGCAAGGCCGAAUUGUGUCCCGCAUGUUUGCUGAUGGAAAAGUGUGGAGCUACUCCUACCUUGACAAGUCUAUGGUCCUCCUGCUUCAGAGUCAGCGUCAGUACAUAUUUGAGUAUGACUCCUCCGACCGUCUCCACGCCGUCACCAUGCCCAGUGUUGCCCGGCAUAGCAUGUCCACCCAUACCUCCAUUGGCUACAUCCGCAACAUUUAUAAUCCCCCUGAAAGCAACGCAUCAGUCAUUUUUGACUACAGUGAUGAUGGCCGCAUCCUCAAGACGUCCUUUUUAGGCACCGGGCGCCAGGUAUUCUACAAGUAUGGGAAACUCUCCAAGUUAUCAGAGAUUGUCUAUGACAGUACUGCUGUCACUUUUGGAUAUGAUGAGACCACCGGCGUUUUAAAAAUGGUCAGUCUCCAAAGUGGGGGUUUCUCCUGCACAAUCAGGUACCGAAAGAUAGGCCCACUUGUGGACAAGCAGAUCUACAGGUUCUCUGAGGAAGGCAUGGUCAAUGCCAGGUUUGACUACACCUAUCAUGACAACAGCUUCCGGAUUGCAAGCAUCAAGCCCGUCAUAAGUGAGACUCCCCUUCCUGUGGACCUCUACCGUUAUGAUGAGAUCUCUGGCAAGGUGGAACACUUUGGCAAGUUCGGAGUCAUCUAUUAUGAUAUUAACCAGAUCAUCACCACCGCUGUAAUGACCCUCAGCAAACACUUUGACACCCACGGGCGGAUCAAGGAAGUCCAGUAUGAGAUGUUUCGGUCCCUCAUGUACUGGAUGACAGUGCAAUAUGACAGUAUGGGAAGGGUAAUUAAGAGGGAGCUGAAACUGGGGCCUUAUGCUAAUACCACUAAAUACACCUAUGACUAUGAUGGAGAUGGGCAGCUCCAGAGUGUAGCAGUCAAUGACCGCCCAACCUGGCGCUACAGCUAUGACCUCAAUGGGAACCUCCACUUACUGAACCCAGGAAAUAGUAUACGCCUUAUGCCCUUGCGCUAUGAUCUCCGGGAUCGGAUAACCAGACUUGGUGAUGUGCAGUACAAAAUUGAUGAUGAUGGCUAUCUGUGCCAGCGAGGGGCUGACAUCUUUGAGUAUAACUCCAAGGGCCUCCUAACAAGAGCCUACAACAAGGCCAGUGGGUGGAGUGUCCAGUACCGCUAUGACGGUGUGGGGCGGCGGGCUUCCUACAAGACCAACCUGGGCCAUCACCUGCAAUAUUUCUACUCUGACCUCCACAACCCGACCCGCAUCACCCAUGUCUAUAAUCAUUCCAACUCAGAGAUAACCUCACUCUACUAUGACCUCCAAGGUCACCUCUUUGCCAUGGAGAGCAGCAGUGGGGAGGAGUACUAUGUUGCCUCAGAUAACACAGGCACUCCUCUGGCUGUGUUCAGCAUCAACGGUCUCAUGAUCAAACAACUGCAGUAUACGGCCUAUGGGGAGAUUUAUUAUGACUCCAACCCUGACUUCCAGAUGGUCAUUGGCUUCCAUGGCGGACUCUAUGAUCCCCUGACCAAGCUGGUCCACUUCACUCAGCGUGAUUAUGAUGUGCUAGCAGGACGAUGGACCUCUCCAGACUAUACCAUGUGGAAAAAUGUGGGCAAGGAGCCAGCCCCCUUUAACCUGUAUAUGUUCAAGAGCAACAAUCCUCUCAGCAAUGAGCUGGAUUUGAAGAACUACGUGACAGAUGUGAAAAGCUGGCUUGUGAUGUUUGGAUUUCAGCUUAGCAACAUAAUUCCUGGCUUCCCAAGAGCCAAAAUGUAUUUCGUGCCUCCUCCCUAUGAAUUGUCAGAGAGUCAAGCCAGUGAGAAUGGACAGCUCAUUACAGGCGUCCAGCAGACAACAGAGAGGCAUAAUCAGGCCUUCAUGGCUCUGGAAGGGCAGGUCAUCUCCAAAAAGCUCCACGCCAACAUCCGAGAGAAAGCAGGCCACUGGUUUGCCACCACCACACCCAUCAUCGGCAAAGGCAUCAUGUUCGCCAUCAAAGAAGGGCAGGUGAGCACCGGCGUGUCCAGCAUCGCCAGCGAGGACAGCCGCAAGGUGGCUUCCGUGCUCAACAAUGCCUACUACCUGGACAAGAUGCACUACAGCAUCGAGGGCAAGGACACCCACUACUUCGUGAAGAUCGGCUCAGCCGAUGGCGACCUGGUCACACUGGGCACCACGAUCGGCCGCAAGGUGCUAGAGAGCGGGGUGAACGUGACCGUGUCGCAGCCCACGCUGCUGGUCAACGGCAGGACGCGAAGGUUCACCAACAUUGAGUUCCAGUGCUCCACGCUGCUGCUCAGCAUCCGCUACGGCCUCACCCCCGACACCCUGGAUGAAGAGAAGGCCCGCGUCCUGGACCAGGCGAGGCAGAGGGCCCUGGGCACCGCCUGGGCCAAGGAGCAGCAGAAAGCCAGGGACGGGAGAGAGGGGAGCCGCCUGUGGACUGAGGGCGAGAAGCAGCAGCUUCUGAGCACGGGACGCGUGCAAGGUUAUGAGGGAUAUUACGUGCUUCCCGUGGAGCAAUACCCAGAGCUUGCAGACAGUAGCAGCAACAUCCAGUUUUUAAGACAGAAUGAGAUGGGAAAGAGGUAACAAAAUAAUCUGCUGCCAUUCCUUGUCUGGAUGGCUCAGCGGGAGUAACUGUUAUCUCCUCUCCUAAGGAGAUGAAGACCUAACAGGGGCACUGAGGCCGGGCUGCUUUAGGAUACCAAGUGGCAAGAAAGCUCACAUUUUUUGAGUUCAAAUGCUACUGGCCAAGCAAGAAGUCCCACAUCCUGAAGUAGACUAAAGCCUGGCUGAAAAUCCUGAGGAAAACAAAACAAACGAAUGAAUGAACACACACACACACAC